AUGAUUGUUUGUACUUGGAAUGUUAGGGGUCUGAAUGAUCCUAAUAAAGUGGUGGAGGUUAGGAGAUUGCUGGAAACCAAUAAGAUCAGUGUUAUUGCUCUGUUAGAAACUAGAGUGAGGGAAAAUAAAGCUAGCAAGAUUCAGAAUAAGCUAGGUAGUUGCUGGAAGUGGGAAAUGAACUAUUCCUAUUCUCCUAAGGGUAGAAUCUGGAUUGGGUGGAGGCAUAGUGAAGUUAUCUUUACUAUAGGCUUAAAAACUGACCAAGUUAUUCAUGGUGAUUUAGCUGCAAAGGAUGGGAAUUUUACUGCUCAGUUCACUGCUGUGUAUGGCUUGCAUACAAUUGAUCAUAGGAGACCACUUUGGACCACCUUGACUCAAAUUGGACCAAGGGUGAUAUACCCUUGGUUUGUCAUGGGUGACUUCAAUUCAGUGCUGCAUGCAGGUGAUAGAAUCCAUGGUAGCCAAGUUUCUGAUACAGAAACAAGAGAUUUUGAUGCUUGUAUUGAUGCAACAGGAAUGAUAGAGCUCAAGAGUUGUGGAAAAUUUUUCUCCUGGAACAAUAAAGGGCAAGACUAUCUGAACCCAGGUUUAUCAGACCACUCCCCUCUUCUGCUGGAUUGUAAAGUGGUGAGACAGAGGGGAAGUAGACCAUUUAAGUUCUUCAAUUACAUGGCUGAGCACCCUAAGUUCCAUCAGAUUGUGCAAGAAGGGUGGGGAUCUGUUGUAAAUGGAACUCCUAUGUUUCAAGUGUGGCACAAAUUGAAAGUCAUCAAGCAGGGUCUAAAAACUUUGCAUAGGAAAGAAUUUGCUAGGCUGGAGGAGAGAAUUGAUGGUAUUAGGAGGGAGCUGGAUGACACUCAAUCUCAGUUAGCUGCUUCUCCUAGUGAUAUUGACCUUCAACUGACUGAAAAAGAGUGCACUAGUAAGCUUAAAAAGUUUCUGAGUAUUCAUGAAGGAGCUCUCAAACAGAAAUCAAGAAUCCAGUGGUUGAAAACUGGUGAUUCAAAUACAAAGUUCUUCUUCACAACAGUAAAGGAGAGAUAUGCCAGGAACAGUAUUGAUGUUAUUUAUGAUGCUAAUGGGAGGAAGCUUACCACUGCUGCAGAGAUUAAAGAUGAGAUCAAAGCUUUCUAUCAUGGUCUUAUUGGUUCUGCUGCAGACACUCUGGAGGGUAUUGAUGUUACAGUUGUGAGACAAGGUAAACAACUUUCUGCAGCUUCAGCUUAA